UCUUACGGGCAGAAAGUAACUUGCGGCGGAGUGGCAGGUUAGUAGCACCUGAGAGGGCUCGGAGCACAUCUGCCGUGAGGAAGCGAUGCACCGACUUUUGCACACCUGAAAAACGGAUACAGCGUGAGAGCGCAAGAAACGAUUUUUUUUAAAAGGAUUUGUGUUUCCUCGUGAAGUGGUGCCGAACAGUGACCGUAUCAUUGAUAAUUUUUGCAAACUCGUGUUAAAUGCAUUUCGGCCUUUUCACUUGACUUUAGAAGAAAAGACCAAAAUGCGGCGGUCAUCGAGCAGUUUAGUGCUUUUUGUGAUACUGGCGGUGUUUGCGACACCCACAUUCCAGCAACAAGGCCAACCGAUUUUCUUCGGAAGUCCGGCUGCCUUUCAAUACCAGCAGACGUUCCCUUCGUCCAACUUUGCUCCGAACGCAGCUCCCUCGGCUUUCAUCCCGUUCCAAUCGCGGCAGUCGAGCACCUCGCACAGACGCGACUUCUUCGGACAGGAAGUUCUGCCACCCAAUGUCUUCCAGCCGUCCAGCCACUUCAACACAUACCAACCGCAAGACCGGCUGGCGUCGCAGCAACGCGGCAACUUUUUCCAGCCGACGCAGCAGCAGCAGCGCCGACCACCGCCGUCCGCGCCGUCCGCCGUGUCCGAGGUGAGCUUCACGCAAAACAGGGCGCGCUUCGAGACGCCGACGGGACGCAAACUCAGUUCCCAGACGGACACCUCGUUCAACAGCUUUCCCCGCGCGCCCGAAAUCCCGCAACCCGUCGAGGAGAACAUCUACGAGGCGCACGAUUUUCACCCCACCCGAAGCCGAUACCAAACGACGGAGCGUCCGAGCACUACCUCGAAGCAGCCGUCCGGCUUGCGCCGCUUCAAACCCGGCACCAGGUCUCAGCCCGGAUCGAAAAACAACGUCCUGACUGUGCCGAAGGGCGCCCCCGUCGAUGGCACCUCCACCCCUAUUCCGUCCAGGGUGCGAAAUUCGGGAGAUUCAAGCAGGGGUAAAUACCGCGGUGGUAUUCCUCAGCGUUACAAGACGCGACCCUCUGCCGUCGACGAGCCACCCUUUGAGGUUGAGCAACCCUCGAGCACUCGACCACCCUUUGACUUUACAAGGCGCUUCCAACCGACCAUCCCUGUGCACUCGACCACCUCCGAAAUCGUCCCUUCGAUUGAAUAUGAGGUCUCUGGUGUCCCCGAGACUGAUUUUUCAGCGCCUUCGGGCCCUUCAGGUCCCUCUGGGCCGUCAGGGCCUUCAGCGUUUGAGGAAAAUCACGGUCCUGCGACCUUGCCCGAAUAUGCCCAGUACGAUUACGAGUCUGCAGAUGUGAGUGGGCCUCAGAAAAAUGAUACCUUCGAGGUAAUCACAAUGAAACCUCGCCUGCCUGCAGAGGCCGAGGAGAAUUUCAAGAGUUUCGUGGACAGCGUGCUGAUCGACUCCUCCCCUGCCCCUGCGAAGGAAGAAGAGCAGGAAUCGGUGACCGAAGCUUCUGGCACUGGCGUGUCCGUGUCCGUGCACACCGCCGUCUCCACCGAGCCAAAAGUGACCACCCCUAUUCCGGAAGUGGUCGAGGUGCAGAGCAAGGCCAACAACUUGGAAGCUCCUCCCACCGGAGAACCGGAGGUCAGCGUGACCAAUUCGACCGAGAGCUGGGUGGUCGUCGCGUCGGUGCAGACGAGCCGAAGCGUGUCCGGCGCCCGUUUCAUCCCCUUCCACACGGGAAUCAAGCAGGACGAGAAAGUCCUGCCCUCCCUGCAGACGAGCAAACUCGAGUCCACGACGGUCUCCUCCACCACCACCUCAACCACCGAGAUGACGCGCCCCAUCAGUGAAGAGCCGACGUCCUCUUCAACCACAACAACCACCACCGAAGCGUCCGAGCAACCCUUGUUCGAAAGGAAAUUCUCGCCGGCCCCGAGACCACAAAAGAGCAAGGCGCGCAUCCCUCAGAGCAUUCUGGAAAGCAUCCAGUUUGACGACCUUGGCCCUAGUCUGCUGCCACCAGGGUUCAAACCCCGCCAAGGUCAAAGCAGCUUCCGCAAUCGCCCGAUUACGACGACCGAAGGACCGUCUUCCUCAGAAGCGCCUCCUAGUUCAACCACAACAACUACCACUGAAAAACCUGCCAUAAUUAAAUUCGACUCCAUCGAUCCGGCUCUCCUGCCCCCUGGCUUCAAAAUUGACCCCAACAGCGCACCCCCUAGCGAGGAGGUCGAGUCGACCACGCGCCGCUCGACCGGCUUCAAGCCCAAGAGCAAGCAGAACGCCACCGCCACAUCGCUGAGACCCUUUGGCGGCAAAAGCCUGAACGGCACAACCAAGGACAACGACCUGGUCACCAAGCAGAAGAGCGACGACCUCUUGUCCGCCCUGCUGCCCCCUGGUUUCAACAAGGGCAGCGCGGCCAAGAUCAGCGAGGACGUGCCAGCUUUCCUUUUGCCCCCCGGAUUCAAACCGGUGGAGGCCUCGAGCGAAUCGCCAAUUCUGCUCGCUGAUAUUCUCAGCAAGGCCAAGCCGGCCGACGUGGCCUCUCUGCUGCCCCCGGGUUUUAAACCCGAAACGUCCACGGCCAGUCCGACGACGAAAUCGCACUUGCCGCACCUGCCGAAACCUGGAUCUGGAACAAGGAAGCCGUUCGGCAGCUUCAGAUUUACUAGUCCCAAGCCUGACGGCGAAGAAGGAGGCGGCGAUGACCAUCAUAAUGGAGAGUCCGGCCUGUCCUCCCCCAAGAUUCACAAGGGAUGGCCCACCAGAGCGACCACGGAAUUCACAGGGUGGCCGACUCCACCUACGACGCCUUUGAGCGCUGAAAAAAUCCUGGAACUGGCCGCUCGCUCGACGACAACCACCUCCACAACGACCACCACCGAGGCGACCACGACCACCACCAGCACGACGACGACCCCGCGGCCAACCACCCCUGGCGUUUGUAUGCGCGAGUGCCAAUUGGUCGGCACCAUCAGGUUAACGGACGGCGCGCACUGGGUGCCUGAACUGAUGGACCGCAACACGGCCGAGUACAAGGCGCUGGCGGCCAACAUCACCUCCGAGCUCAAGGCGGUCUACGAAAAGUCCGACGCGCUGAAUAAGCUGUUCAGGAAUGUGUGGAUCGACGGUUUCAACAAGGGCAGUGUAUUGGUGGAUUAUAUUGUGCAGCUGGAGGCACAGGCGAAAGAACUGAACACUUUGCAGCUGAAGAAAAUGUUCCACGAGAGCUUGAACGAGCCAUACCAAAAGCAGAGCAGCCCUCCCGAGGAAGAGGAAGCGGCCGACGUGAAAACCACCCGAGCUUUGCAACUCGGCAGAUUUGAAAUCGAUCCCGACUUCACAGACUUUAUUGUGGUGCCUCCGAGCGAAGAUUCGACCCCUCUGCCCACAAAGGAGGAAGAGGGCUUGCCACAGUGGGCCAUUGCAGUGAUUGUCAUCGGUCUUGCAUCGCUGCUCUUCGUCAUCAUAUUUGGCGUUUCGGUGCUCAUCAACAGACAACAGGCGCAGCAGUCAAAGCAGCCGGUCAUUCUGUCCGACGCUAUGCUCAGUGAGCUGAGCAAGGACCACAUGGGCGGCUAUGAUAACAUGGCAGCCGUCGAUGACCACUACGGGCUCGACGGAUGGGACAACAGACCUAGAGAACCUGAACCUCGAUAUGCUUCAAAGAGAGGAAAGUCGGCAAACCCUGGUAUGGGUUUUGACAGCUGGAGGUCUGACUGGAAUAAUUAUUACUACGGCGGCUCGGCCAACGGCGGCUACUACAGCAGAGGGCCCGGCAGCCACUCGAGCGGCGGCCGCAGGUCCAGGAUGCCAGACUACGACACCAACUUCUGAUCGGCCAAUUGAACCGCACCCUCUAUUUAUUGACACUGCAUUUUAAUUUAUAAGAAACUCUAGAGAAGACGUCGAGUGAUUGCAUUUUAAUGGGCAGUUUAUAAAUGUCGUGUGUGUUACGUCUUUUUAUACGGUUACGAUGAAACCGCUCAGCCUUUAUUUCAUAACUAGUUUUUAAUAUAUCAUAAUAUGUCAGAUGAGAGUCUAUAUUUUAAUGUUUAUGAAAUUAAUUAAUUUGUGGCCAAUAUAUGAUGCCGUCUGCAUUGCAAUACUUCGUGGAAUGUGAAUAUAUAUAAUUUACGCUUAAAUUCUAUUUACGUUGCCAUCUUCCAUGACAUGAUUUUUUUUAUACCCAUUUUAUAUUGUAAGCGCGUAUAUAUGUUGAUGAAUAUCAAUUAGAGAAUUUAUAAGUAACGCUCGGUGAAUGUGACUAAUGUGCAUCAGGACUUUUUUCUGUACAUAUACAUUUAGAUGAAAGAUCAAGGUGAUAUAUUAGUGAUUGGGAGAUGAUUGAUUCAUAUUUGAUUUUAAUUUUGUAACUGCGCAUCUAAGGUGACUUUUUACAUGUACAUACCCUGCAUGUAUUAAUAAAAACUCUAAGAAAUGUA